UACUUCGCUGCGUGAGGGUUAAACGUGAGGCUACUUUGCACACGGCCUUUCCAGAGAACCGAAUCCGGGCACGCAGAAUGCUGAGUUACAAGGCAGUCAAGGUCGCGUCGCAGGGUUAUUUAAGGGCGGUGGUGGUGGUGCCGAGAAUCACUCGCCUUCGAAUACCAGUGUGUGAUCGUCUCGCUGAACCAGCCUCCGUCCCGUUUCGACGAUGCAGCCUGCCGUCCUGUUCGUGCUAGUCUCCGUGUCGUUCGCCGGCAUUUGCACAGGUUAUAGCCUACACCUGAAUCUUUCGGAAGAAACGGUAACAGACGUCUCCGUGGCCCGCAACCUCCCCUUGGCCAUUUUGCCUGUCGCCCUGGCCAUCGCCGGACCUGUGAUAGCCAUACUCUUUGGCAGCCUCAAGCUCGUCCUGCUGUCCUUUGCCUUGAUCUACCUGUUCCUGUUCGGCCUCACCUUCGUACCUACCCUCGGGGUCCACGUGCAGUCCGUGUUCCGAGCCCUGGGCGACACCCUCACGGCCGCCGUGCCUCCGACCAUAGGCGAAGACCUGCUGCGGAGCGCAGGACUCGAUGCUGAAGAGUGCCGGACCAGAGCUGUCUGUGAGGUCACCGAGGACGCUGUCCGGCGGUACCCCACCGUGGCCGCCAUGCUGAGGUCGCUCAGCGGUGCUGUUCAGGCUCAAGAGGGAAGCAAGUUUGUGCUCAAGGGAAUUCUGGGUGGACUGUCUGGUCUAGGAUGCGAGUCACUGUAUGAUGCCUGUAAGAAGUCGCCGCUCGAGAAGGUGCUCAAGGCGCUCUCUUAGCACUACAGUUUGUACUGG